AUGUACUAUCUGCCCACUUCUUGUCUGAUCUUUUUAUUCCUCGUCUUCGUAUCUUACCCUCUUCCUUGUGCUUCAAGUAAGCAAGAACAUGGAUGGUGUGAGGCCCUGUUUCAAUGUGGGAACAUAACCGCUGGUUUCCCCUUCUGGGGAGGGAAUCGUCAUGAACAUUGCGGUCAUCCAUCGCUGAAGCUUCACUGUAACAAAAACAACAGUGCCACUUUAAUCAUCUUAGACCAAGAGUACUCUGUUCUCCAUCUAAAUCAUACAUCUUACACUCUUACACUUGCCAGAAGAGACCAUCUUGGUUCUUUUUGCUCCUCUAAUUUCACCAAUAUUAUCUUGCCUCCAAAUAUUUUCGAGCUUUCCUCAAUCUACGAGAACCUCACUGUAUUCUACCAAUGCGAAUCUUUUCAUCCUUACCUUCCGAGUGAUACAUGUCCAAAGAAAGGUUUUAUCUCAGUCUCUGACAAUCCUGGAUAUCAUGAGACCUGCCAUGAUAAUUUCACCGUGAACGUUCCUAACAGAUUCGUUACAGAAGAGAAAGAAAGGGAUGUGGCACAUUUAGAAAUUGCUUUAAAAGAGGGAUUUGAGGUGAAGGUGAAGAUCGAUGAGAAGGCGUGUGAAAAUUGUUUAUCUUCGCAUAGAAGAUGUGGCUUCAACGAAUACUUGCCAUCAGAAGUUAAAUGCGGUCCAUUCCCUCCACAUACUGGUCAGUUUCUUACUCUCAAGUCUCCGCUUUUGUCACUAUCCUCGCUUGACUUGGUCCUCAGGCUAUUCACUAUCCCUCUCUCUCUCUGUUUGUUUAAACCACUUCCUCUGCUCUCUUUAACACAAACCAAACGAAGAACACACACUAUUCAUAGACCAAAGAAAAUCAUGUACUAUCUUCCCACUUCUAGUCUGGUCAUUUUCUUUCUCUUCUCCUUAUUCCACUAUCUUCCUUGUUCUUCAAGUAAACUUGAAUUGUGUGAUGAGACUCUGUUUCAGUGUGGGAAAAUCACUGCCAGAUUCCCCUUUUGGGGAGGGAAUCGUCAAAAACAUUGCGGUCAUCCAUUACCGAAGCUUCAAUACAACAUGGACAUCACUUCUAUAUUCAUCUCAAAUCAAGAGUUCAUUGUUAUCCAUCUAAAUCAAACAUCCAACACUCUUACACUUGCCAGAAGAGACAAUCGUCUGGGUUCUUUUUGCUCCUCUGUUUUCACCAACUCAAAUUUACCUCCCGAAGUUUUCGAGGUUAUGCCAACCUACAAGAGCCUCACCAUAUUCUACCACUGCGACCCUUCUCUUCCUUACCUUUUGAUUAAUAAAUGUCCAGAGAAAGGUCUUAUCUUAGUGUCUGAAAAUCAUGGAUAUCAUGAGACCUGCCCUUCCAAUUUUACCAUGAACGUUCCUAAGAGCUUCGUUCAGAAACAGAGAGACUGGAAUUUGACACAUUUGGAAAGUGCUCUGAAAGAAGGGUUUGAGGUGAAGGUGAAGAUCGAUGAGAAAGCGUGUCAAAAAUGUUUAUCUUCUCAUGAAAGAUGUGGUUUCAACGAAUCAUUUCCAUUUAAAUGCGGUCCACUGCCUCCACCAACUGGUCAGUUUCUUACGCAUCAUUAUCGUUUCGAAUGA